CUGGACUCGGCGGCUGACGGCGGUGGAGACUUGAGCCGGAGGACACGCCGAAGAGCCGCGCGGCGCCGUGUCCGGCCCGCCAGCCGGGGCCGCCGCCUCCCCGCGCGCGCUUGGCCAACAGGAGCACCCCAGUCGCCUCGGCCGCUCUCUAGCGCCGGUGUCCCCGCGCGGCUCUCCGCGCCACAUUGGCCCUCCCCUGGGGCGCGCUCGCACACCAAGCUAUGAGGAUCAAUGAUGCAGACUGCUGGGUUCGAUGAAGCUGGGCAUUUAUAACUAGAUUCAUUAAGGAAUACAAAGAAAAUAUUUAAAGGGAUCAAUAAUGGUGUCUUCUGGUUGCAGAAUGCGAAGUCUGUGGUUUAUCAUUAUAAUCAGUUUCUCACCGAAUACAGAAGGUUUCAGCAGAGCAGCCUUACCAUUCGGGUUAGUGAGACGAGAACUGUCCUGUGAAGGUUAUUCUAUAGACCUGCGAUGUCCAGGCAGUGAUGUCAUCAUGAUCGAGAGUGCAAACUACGGUCGGACAGACGACAAGAUCUGUGAUGCAGACCCCUUCCAGAUGGAGAACACAGACUGCUACCUCCCUGAUGCCUUCAAAAUCAUGACGCAAAGGUGCAACAAUCGAACACAGUGUGUAGUAGUUACCGGGUCAGAUGUUUUUCCUGAUCCGUGUCCCGGAACUUACAAAUACCUUGAAGUUCAAUAUGAAUGUGUCCCUUACAUUUUUGUGUGUCCUGGGACCUUGAAAGCAAUCGUGGACUCCCCCUGUAUAUAUGAAGCUGAGCAGAAGGCAGGUGCUUGGUGCAAGGACCCUCUUCAGGCUGCAGAUAAAAUCUAUUUCAUGCCCUGGACUCCCUACCGCACCGACACUUUAAUAGAAUAUGCCUCCAUAGAAGAUUUUCAGAACAGCCGCCAGACAACAACGUACAAACUUCCAAACCGAGUAGAUGGUACUGGGUUUGUGGUAUAUGAUGGAGCUGUCUUCUUUAACAAAGAACGAACAAGAAAUAUUGUGAAGUUUGACUUGAGGACUAGGAUUAAGAGUGGCGAGGCCAUAAUCAACUACGCUAACUACCAUGACACAUCGCCCUACAGAUGGGGAGGGAAGACCGACAUCGACCUGGCCGUGGAUGAGAACGGCUUGUGGGUGAUCUACGCCACUGAGCAGAACAAUGGGAUGAUCGUGAUUAGCCAGCUCAACCCGUACACUCUUCGAUUCGAAGCAACAUGGGAGACAGUGUAUGACAAGCGCGCAGCAUCCAAUGCUUUCAUGAUAUGUGGGGUUCUCUAUGUGGUCAGGUCAGUGUACCAAGACAAUGAAAGCGAAGCAGGCAAGAACACAAUUGACUACAUUUACAACACACGCUUAAGCCGGGGAGAGUAUGUAGACGUUCCUUUCCCCAACCAGUACCAGUAUAUCGCUGCAGUGGAUUACAAUCCGAGAGAUAACCAACUCUACGUAUGGAACAAUAACUUUAUUUUACGGUAUUCUCUGGAGUUUGGUCCACCUGACCCUGCCCAAGUGCCUACCACAGCUGUGACAAUAACUUCUUCAGCUGAGCUGUUCAAAACCACAGUGUCAACCACAAGCAGUACUUCUCAGAGAGGCCCCGUGAGCACCACAGUAGCUGGACCUCAGGAAGGAAGCAGAGGGACAAAGCCACCUCCAGCAGUGUCUACAACCAAAAUUCCUCCUGUAACAAAUAUUUUUCCCCUGCCAGAGAGAUUCUGCGAAGCGUUAGACGCCAGGGGAAUAAAGUGGCCUCAGACACAAAGGGGAAUGAUGGUUGAGCGGCCGUGUCCCAAGGGAACAAGAGGAACGGCCUCGUAUCUCUGCAUGGCUUCCACAGGAACAUGGAACCCUAAGGGCCCUGAUCUUAGCAACUGUACCUCUCACUGGGUGAAUCAACUGGCUCAGAAGAUCAGAAGUGGAGAGAAUGCCGCAAGUCUAGCCAAUGAGCUGGCUAAGCACACCAAGGGGCCUGUGUUUGCAGGGGACGUGAGCUCCUCAGUGAGGCUGAUGGAGCAGCUGGUAGACAUACUGGAUGCUCAGCUGCAGGAGCUGAAGCCAAGUGAGAAGGAUUCCGCCGGCAGGAGUUAUAACAAGCUCCAAAAGCGAGAGAAGACAUGCAGGGCUUACCUUAAGGCAAUUGUGGACACAGUAGACAACCUUCUGAGACCCGAGGCUUUGGAGUCCUGGAAGCACAUGAAUUCAUCGGAGCAAGCGCACACCGCCACGAUGCUACUGGAUACACUGGAGGAAGGAGCAUUUGUCCUCGCAGACAACCUUUUGGAACCAACCAGGGUCUCAAUGCCCACUGAAAAUAUUGCUCUUGAAGUUGCUGUACUCAGCACAGAAGGGCAGGUCCAAGAUUUUAAAUUCCCUCUCAGCAUCAAGGGGGCCGGCAGUUCCAUCCAGCUUUCAGCAAACACUGUCAAGCAGAACAGCAGGAAUGGGCUGGCAAAGCUGGUAUUCAUCAUUUAUCGGAGUCUGGGCCAAUUCUUGAGUACUGAAAAUGCGACCAUAAAGCUGGGUUCCGACUUCAUUGGGCGGAACAGCAGCAUUGCAGUGAACUCGCAUGUCAUGUCCGUUUCCAUCAAUAAGGAGUCCAGCCGCGUGUACUUGACGGACCCAGUGCUUUUCACCCUGCCGCACAUUGAUCCUGACAAUUAUUUCAAUGCAAACUGCUCCUUCUGGAACUACUCAGAGAGAAGCAUGAUGGGAUAUUGGUCUACCCAGGGCUGCAAGCUGGUUGACACCAAUAAAACUCGCACAACGUGUGCAUGCAGCCACCUAACCAAUUUUGCUAUCCUCAUGGCCCACAGGGAAAUUGCAUAUAAAGAUGGAGUGCAUGAACUGCUGAUGACAGUCAUCACCUGGGUGGGCAUCGUUGUCUCCCUCGUCUGCCUGGCUAUCUGCAUCUUCACCUUCUGUUUCUUCCGAGGUCUACAAAGUGACCGCAAUACGAUCCACAAGAACCUUUGUAUCAACCUUUUCAUUGCUGAAUUUAUUUUUCUCAUAGGCAUUGAUAAGACAAAGUACUCGAUUGCAUGCCCUGUAUUUGCAGGGCUUUUGCACUUUUUCUUUCUGGCUGCUUUUUCGUGGAUGUGCCUAGAGGGUGUGCAACUCUACUUAAUGCUAGUUGAAGUUUUUGAGAGCGAAUAUUCAAGGAAAAAAUACUACUAUGUCGCUGGGUACUUGUUCCCUGCCACGGUGGUUGGUGUUUCAGCUGCUAUCGACUAUAAGAGCUACGGGACAGAAAAGGCGUGCUGGCUUCACGUGGAUAACUAUUUCAUAUGGAGUUUCAUUGGGCCUGUUACCUUCAUUAUUCUGCUAAAUAUUAUUUUCCUGGUGAUCACGCUGUGCAAAAUGGUGAAACAUUCAAACACUUUGAAGCCAGAUUCUAGCAGGUUGGAAAACAUUAAUAAUUACCGUGUUUGUGAUGGCUACUAUAAUACGGACUUACCUGGCUAUGAAGAUAAUAAGCCAUUUAUCAAGUCUUGGGUGCUUGGCGCGUUUGCCCUGCUGUGUCUCCUGGGCCUAACCUGGUCCUUUGGGUUGCUUUUUAUUAAUGAGGAGACUGUUGUUAUGGCGUAUCUCUUCACCACCUUUAAUGCUUUCCAGGGAGUGUUCAUUUUCAUCUUCCACUGUGCUCUUCAAAAGAAAGUGCGAAAAGAAUAUGGCAAGUGCUUCAGACACUGGUACUGCUGUGGUGGCCUCCCAACCGAGAGCCCCCACAGCUCUGUGAAGGCGUCAACCACCCGCACCAGUGCUCGCUACUCCUCUGGCACACAGAGUCGUAUAAGGAGGAUGUGGAAUGACACCGUGAGGAAGCAGUCUGAAUCUUCUUUUAUCUCAGGUGACAUCAAUAGCACUUCUACCCUUAACCAAGGAAUGACUGGCAAUUACCUACUAACAAACCCUCUUCUUCGACCCCACGGCACUAACAACCCCUAUAACACAUUGCUGGCUGAAACAGUUGUAUGUAAUGCCCCUUCAGCGCCCGUGUUUAACUCACCAGGACAUUCACUGAACAAUGCCAGGGACACAAGUGCCAUGGAUACUCUACCGCUAAAUGGUAACUUCAACAACAGCUACUCACUGCGCAAGGGGGACUACCACGACGGGGUGCAGGUCGUGGACUGUGGACUAAGUCUGAAUGACACUGCAUUUGAGAAAAUGAUCAUUUCAGAGUUAGUGCAUAACAACCUCCGGGGCGGCAACAAAACCCACAACCUGGAGCUCAAGCUCCCAGUGAAACCUGUGAUCGGUGGCAGCAGCAGUGAAGAUGAUGCGAUUGUGGCUGACGCCUCAUCUUUGAUGCACAGUGACAACCCAGCGCUGGAGUUCCGCCACAAAGAACUGGAGGCACCGCUCAUCCCUCAGCGGACUCAUUCGCUUCUGUACCAACCCCAGAAAAAAGCGAAGCCGGAGGCAACCGACAGCUACGUCUCCCAGCUGACGGCCGAGGCUGACGAUCACCUUCAGUCCCCCAACAGAGACUCUCUGUACACGAGCAUGCCCAACCUAAGAGACUCUCCCUACCCGGAGAGCAGCCCCGACAUGGCAGAGGACCUGUCUCCCUCCAGGAGGAGUGAGAACGAGGACAUUUACUAUAAGAGCAUGCCCAAUCUUGGAGCUGGCCGCCAGCUCCAAAUGUGCUACCAAAUCAGCAGAGGCAAUAGUGAUGGUUACAUCAUCCCCAUUAACAAAGAAGGGUGCAUCCCAGAGGGGGACGUCAGGGAAGGACAGAUGCAGCUGGUAACAAGUCUUUAAUAGUACAGCUAAGAGAUUCCUAGGGGCCACAUGCAAGUAUUAAUUGAUGAGGACGCUGCCAGCGGCCCCUGCAGCUCCCUCCAACUCUGCCGGAAGAAUCGGCUCUAUUGACCCAUGGUUCUCCACUGUAGGAAAGCAAAACAGACUGAACCUCGCA